AUGGAAGGAUCUCGAAACCGAGCAUCGAAAUGGAAAAUUGCUCAGGGAGAUCCUAGACCUCAGAGCGCUCGAAGUGCGACGCUGUGCAGCUCUACGACAAAGACUGAAUUUCGGCGAGACCUUCGAUUAUACGAGGUUGUCAGACUUCUACUUGCGGCUAUUUGUAUGAAGAGUGGCGAUGACAAAUGUCACUAUACUAUCGUAAAACUUCUGAUCAGAGAAAUUGCUCACCGGACCGACGCUUCCCAACCGGACGAGGUACCAAAUGGCGGAUCACAAAAGGACAUGCACAACUUGGAGCAACUGGUGGCUGAUGUGGACCGGAACAUCCAGCAGUUGAUCAGAGAAAACGUUGAAAUUCAGCAACAGAACAUACAGAUGGACAUUGGUAGGCUUUCUUCUGAAAUUGCGUCGAUGAACGAUGUAGUGAUCGCUCUCGAGAAACAGUUGGCCGAAACGAGGAGCGAAAUCAACGAGACUGAAAAAGAAGUGACGUCCGCACAAAAGGGCUUAUCAGUCGAUUUUAUGACCUUAUCAGGCGACAGUGAUCAACUCAAUCUGCAGGUACUGGACAGCGAGUUGAACUCACUCGAACAAACGAUUGGAGAGAAGCAAUCGCUCUAUCAACGCCUGUUGCAGAGCUUUGCCCAACUCAAUGUUGCCUCUUCCGCAGAUGAACUGAAGGGAACGUCGCCGUUGCCGCCGGAAACACCCGACGACACGGUCGACCGUUCUUCAACCUCACCUCUAGCGAGUGAAAACCAUUGUCCGAUUGUCAUACAGAACGAAACGACGUCCGGCGUAUGGGUUUGA